AUGGGACGGUCGCCGUGCUGCGAGGAGGGCCUGAAGAAGGGGCCGUGGACGCCGGAGGAAGACCAGAAGCUGCUGGCGUACAUCGACAGGAAUGGGCACGGCAGCUGGCGGGCUCUGCCGGCCAAAGCCGGUAACUCGCCCUCUCCUUCUGAGCUUGCCGUCGCCGAUGAAGAGGACGAUCCCUUCACCUUCUCUGUGGUCGACAGGGCUGCAGAGAUGCGGGAAGAGCUGCCGGCUGCGCUGGACAAAUUAUCUGCGCCCGGACAUCAAGAGGGGCAAGUUCAGCUUGCAGGAGGAGCAGACAAUAAUCCAACUCCACGCUCUUCUCGGCAACAGGUUCUUCCUGUUGUUCUUUUUAUUCUGCUUCUUCUGCGUCUUCUCUCUCCUACCCCAACCCCUCCUCGUCAUCUUCUUCUUCUUCUUCCCAACUGCAGAUCUUUCCAUGGCUUCUCCUCCCCAAUUCUCAUCAAAUCCACUCCUCACAAUGCGUCAUCUUAGUCAACGCCGAGAUUUCUCCUCCCCAUCUCAAUUCUCUCAGCUUAGUGGCUCCUGACAUGUUAAUUCACACUCACACGUGCGCGCGCGCGGACACAUAGGAACAAAAAAUGUUUAAUUAUUUUUUAACGUAAGGUUUUUAACCUAUGAAGAAGUAUCAACCAAAUAUUAUCUGCACAGGAUGAAGAGUAGAUAAUAAACAAGGGAUGUGACGCUCAGUGGAUAAUAAUAAUAUUGUUUAAUGUGAUAUUCAAACUUAAGUAGUAUAUUUACAUGCUUCUGUAUUUUUUAAUAAAUUUCCUCGAUCCCAGCAAGAUCAUAAGAUAAUCCGACCGUACAACUAAAAUUGCUUACUCAGGUCAGAAAAUCUUCUGUAAUCAAUUCCCCUCUGCAUCUUGUGGAGCUUCCUUCCACAUCCUUUCUCUCCUCUGAUCGUCGUCUACAUCACUGCUGGUUUAGGUGGUCGGCGAUCGCGUCGCACUUGCCGAAGAGGACGGAUAACGAGAUAAAGAACUUCUGGAACACCCACCUGAAGAAGCGCCUGGCGAAGAUGGGCAUUGACCCCAUCACCCACAAGCCAAGCUCCGAUGCCGUCUCCGCCACCGGCGGCGGCGGCGGCGGCACCACCGCCGCCGCCGCCGCCACCCUCAGCCACAUGGCCCAAUGGGAGAGCGCCCGCCUAGAGGCCGAAGCUCGCCUUGCCAGAGAAUCCAAAAUGCACCGCCCUUCCGCCGCCGCCCACUUCCAGUCUCCGGCUGCGGCGUCCUUCUCCACAUCGACGCCAAUUCACCUCCAAGGCUCCUCCUCAUGUCCUUUGCCCACGCCGCGCCUUGAUCUGGAGUCUCCCACUUCCACGUUGACCUUCUCCGAGAAGACGGAAAGCAUCGUGAGGAGGACGGCCUUCUCCGACGGCCUUGCAUGGCCUGGAGAGCAGUUAAGGAUUGGAUCGUUCUCAGGCUCGGCGGGCGCCGCCAUGGGGAGUCUAGGCGACGGGUUUGUGGAGAUGUUACUCGGCGAUUUCGACCGAUUCCCCGCCGGCGACUGCACCGAUUUCGCCGGCCAUGGGAGAGCGAACGGCGACAACGACGAAGAAAGCAAGAGCUAUUGGACCAGCAUACUGAACCUAGUCAACUCCGCUUCCCCCUCCAACUCGCCUCCCGGGUUCUAG